AUGAUCAUCUCAGCCGCCGACCUCGAAUUCGGCCAGCCUGUCUACGAAACGCACCCCCACAUCCUGCAACCGGGUGAACUAACCCCCGGCAUCACGGCCCAAGAAUACCACGAGCGACGUUCCAAGCUCGCCUUCGCGCUUCCCGAAAACGGCAUCGCCAUUCUCGCCUCCUCGGAACUCAAAUACCGCUCCGGCGCCGUCUUCUUCCCCUUCCGACAGGACUCCAACUUCCUCUAUCUCACCGGCUUCUCCGAGCCCGACUCGCUAGCCAUCAUCCAAAAGACCGGUCCCAAACCGGGCGACUACGUCUUCCACCUCUUCUGCCGGCCCAAAGACCCGCGCGCCGAGCAAUGGUCCGGCCCCUGGUCCGGGCUGCAAGCAGCCGAGGAUGUCUUCAACGCCGAUUUCACAGGGGACAUCGCCAAGGUUGAGACCUUGCUGCCACCCAUCCUUCGCGGCGCCGGCAAGGUCUACACGGACAUCACGCCCUCCACCCCCGUCACCGGCCAACUAGUCACCACCCUCCUCUCGCACCUGCACCUCCCCCCGGCUCCCCUAGCCGGGCUCGUCCACUCCUUGCGGGCCAUCAAAUCCCCCGCCGAGAUCUCCAACAUGCGCCACGCCGGCCGCGUCUCCGGGCGCGCCCUCACCUCCGCCAUGCGCCGCUCUUGGUCGUCCGAAAAGGACCUCGAAGCCUACCUCAACUACGCCUUCACCUCGCACGGCCUCUCGGGCCCCGCCUACGUGCCCGUCAUCGCGGGCGGCAGUCGGGGCAACAUGAUCCAUUACGUGCACAACAACCGGCUCCUCAACCAGGACGACAUGGUGCUCGUCGACGCAGGCGGCGAGUACGGCACCUACAUCACCGACAUUACGCGCACCUGGCCCGUCAACGGAAAGUUCUCGGCCCCGCAGCGGGAUCUGUACGAAGCCGUCCUGACCGUGCAGCGCAAAAUGGUUUCCCUCUGUCGCGAGAACGCCACCUUGUCACUGGACCAGAUCCACCGCGCCACUGAAGCCGGUUUGCGCGAGCAACUUACCUUGCUUGGCUUCGAUCUUUCAUCAGGGGGAGGCAAGAUGGAUGUGUUGUUCCCUCACCAUGUGGGCCAUUAUGUUGGGUUGGAUGUGCAUGAUACGCCUGGUUACUCGAGGAGUUUGACGCUGAGGCAGGGGCAUGCGGUGACGAUUGAGCCGGGGGUCUAUGUGCCGCAAGACGAUGACCGGUUUCCCGAGCAUUUCCGGGGACUGGCGGUUCGGAUUGAGGAUAGUGUGGUGGUGGACGUGGAGAGCCCCUUGAUCUUGACGACGGAGGCGGUUAAGGAGGUGGUGGACAUUGAGGCUUUGAGUUAGUGAGUGAGUGAGUUUGUGGUUAUUGAUGGGGGAGGGGAGGGGAGGUAUUGUGUAUAGAUGGGAGGAGGUAUUGUAUAUAUCCGUGUAUCAGAUUCUACUGUAUAUGAAUACCCACUC